AUGGAUCCCGGUCGCUCACAGUCACCCUCCCGGCCUAGAAAACAGACGUACAACAACUUCGGCACACGUCCACUCAAGUCAAGCAUGGAGUCAGACUCUGGUGCCUGCCACAUGGCCUCACAAUUCCUACAGAUAUUCAAGGAAUCAGGCCUCCAAAGGCAGCUGGAGGACGGCUGGGGGCAGAGGUACACUGGCGUCAGAGAUCCAGGCUCUGCAUCAGUACACGAUGAGGGGGUCAACCACGGCUGCCAGUUUGAUCCAAAGUCCUUGCGAAGUUCCAAGGCUCCCUCCCCAUCAGGUCCUCGGAAGCACCGUGAGGAGGCAGAUACCAGAAGCCGCAAGUCCAAGAGAUCCAGGAACGGCGACGUCAAAGAGGAAACCGAGGAGGAAGACGACAUAGAGGUAGUUCCGGUCGUUCAGCAAGGAUCAAGCAGGCCGUACUCUCCAGUCCAUGAUUGCCAACCGACAAUUUCCAGGGACGACCAUGCUACCUCCAACUAUAAGGCGAACAGGGACGUUUAUGGAGGCCGAGGCUAUCUGAGCCAUCUGGACACGGAGCUGGACGCUCUCAGAAAGCACUUACUUCAGCGUGCCAAUCCUCCCAGGCCUUAUCCUUGA